AGUUAUUUAAUAUUUUAAAUAAUAAAUUCAACAUUUUAUUAAUGCUAUGUCUAGUUUUUAUUAUUAUUAUACAAACUGCAUUUCACUCAAGCAUUAAGAGACCAAUAUAAAAAGGAUAUUAGUUGACAUUUAUCGUAUUUCUUUGUAGUUUGUAAUAAUAAUUGAAUGACAAGCUGGACAAUAUAUGUGUAUAUACUUAUGGUAAGUAGUUCACUGGUAAAAGAAGAUGACUGUUACUCGCACUUUACAAUGUGUAACUACAUAACUGUCUAGCAGUUGCUGAUAAGUUCUGUUUGUGCAGUCAUGCUUCCAUUAUCAAUACUGUGUGCAUGUAAUGUUGCUAGUCUUUUAUGCCCAGAGAUACAAUACAACCCAUCAUGUUCGGUGACUAGAGUUCCACGGGAGGAGGCUCUUCAACAAUUUAUUAACAUCACAACUAAUGCCAGUAACAUUGCCCGUGAAACAGUACCACACAGAUUGAAUCUACGCUAUGGCUACAGAAAGGAGCAACUUCUUGAUCUCUAUGGUACUGAUUUACCUCCAGGUGCACCAAUUUUUGUAUACAUACACGGUGGUUUCUGGCAGCGUUUGUCAAAGGAUAUUUCAGCGUAUCCAGUAAUUCCUUUGAGAGAAGCUGGUAUCAAAAGCGCCAUAGUUGGCUAUGACCUGGCACCCAACGUCACUCUUGAUGUCAUAGUCCAAGAGAUCAGGGAGAUGGCAGUUUUCAUUUUGAACAUUGCGAAAGAAGAAAAGACCAAGGACGUCUGGUUUGGAGGACAUUCCUCAGGAGCACAUCUCGCAGCCUCACUGCUGGAGCCUGAUUGGUUCAACUCUCUGGAGCCUUGUCUAAGAAGGAUGGUAAGGGGAAUGGUUCUUAUCAGUGGCAUCUUCGAUGUUACUCCUCUCAUGGAGACUUCAUUCAACGAAAAUCUCAGACUCACCCUAGAGACUGCAAUCAGACAAAGUCCAAUGUUUAAACAUGGAGAUCUACAGUUGCUACGGAGCUUUUCAGUACUUUUAUCUUAUGCAAGACAAGACCCUCCAUCCUUCCAUCGACAGUCUAUUGAGUAUAGAAAGGUGAUAGAGAAGAAGAAUCCAUGGAUCAGAACAAAAUUGGUAGAAAUAAAAGGAGAGACGGAUCAUUUUAAUCUCGUAACAAAUCUGCAAUACCCAAACUACGAGUUAACAAGAGAUAUAAUAGGAUUGAUAAAGAAUAGCCAGUAAUUGAAAACAGAAUUUAAUAUUUAUUGCCUUCUUAAAGCACAUUUAAAGUUUAUAAAUUAAAUUGAGGUCAUGUUUUAUAAUAAACUUCAACACAGUUUCCAGUAUCAUCGAAUAUGAAUCAUAUCAAUGAAUAAUGAAUUUCACCCUACUACCAGUACACCAUCUUUCACUCUUUGAAGAAAAGCCUUCCUACAUCGGAGUGAAGUUUCUGAACCUACUACCAGAGACAAUUAAAGGCCCUAAUGUAAGCAGUACAAGACAGCGUCUAUCGGCUUAGCUUGCAGAGAGACCAUUCUACUCAGUUGGAGAAUUCAUCAAUUAUUGGAGAUCUUCUGCCAUGUUCCAGUUCCAUGACAACCCAUCCCCACACAGUUGACCACCACCACACUCAAAACUUCAUUAAUAUUACACAGUUAUUCCUACUCCUGACGCCUAUUCUGUAUUUGAUGUAUAUGAAUAAAGUACUCUGAUUGAUUGAUAUGUUUAA